CGUCGAUAUCGUAUUCUCUUUAAUUGUAUUCGUCAGAAUGUGUAUAAACAUUAUCUGUACACUUCUUUUUAGCAUUAAUGUUACCCAGGAAAAUAUUAACUGUGGCACAAAAAGUUCAACCAAUUUUUAUGAAAGUUAUCCAAAAUCCAUACUAAGCGUUUCUAAGGUUCGUGAAAACCCAGAACCUUGCAGGUCAGUUGACUGUGAACAAGAAAUCUUUUCGGUGGACACCGGUAGUCCUAAUAAAAUUUUCCUGGGUGGUUUGGGAUGCCCAGUUCUUACACUGUCUGUUAAAACACAGACUCUUUAUACGGGCACUUUACACGAAGGUUUAUGUGCUUCUUCAAGUAUUUGUAAAGAGUGCAAGACUUCUCCAUCAGAAACCAAAGCGCAAAAAGAUGAAAUCAAAAGUUUGAAAAAGAAAGCUGUAGAGGAACGACCCGAGAACGCACCUGAAAGUGGUGUAUCUUUAUCAGAUCUACACAUUAAACCUCAAAGGCAAACAUUAACUCUGGGUGUUAAUACAGCCGAAGUAACAUUAUUUACGUCUGACAAAUUACCAGACACAGCGGUUGCCAGCUGUUCUUCCACUGUCUCACCAGGUAAAAAGAUUAAAGUUUGUAAGUGGGAAGACUGUGACGAGAGGCUUUUCCCUGACCAGAUUUUGGAACAUAUUUGGAAUGUUCAUAUUGAGCCCCAAAAAGAACAGAAGAACUAUGCUUGUUUAUGGAAGGAUUGCAAGGUGUUCAAUCGGCACUCUUCCUCCCAGAAAUGGCUAAAUCGUCACGUACUGAUCCACGCUGGUAAAAGACCGUUUGCAUGUAUUUUUCCCGACUGUGAAAAGAGAUUUGACUCUACGGAAGUAAUGGAGAAACACAUCAACAUACACCUAAGAAAUGACUUGUCUAACAAGCCUGUCAGAAGAGUCAUUAAAAUACCGAGGUAUCGCAGUAUUAAGAAUCGUCAAUCCGAUCAUGCAUCGUUUUUUGACAAUGGAAUAAUGGAACGGAUUAAGUACGGCUUGAUGAAGUUUAGCGAAGAGACAAAUAUGAACACAAAGGGUCAACCAUUUUUCUUAUCAUUCCGAAGUUUUGUUCUUGGUCGUCGAGUUGAUGCAAAAAAAGAUACCACGUUGCUGUUACACUGGGUACCUGAAAAUGUAUUUCCUGAUGAAUGGGUGUCCGAGGACAACGUUUCAAAUUAUUCUCGUCGUACAGUUCCUUUGUUUCAAUUACCACAUGGAGCUAUAGCUGAACUUGACCCUUUGAUUCCCAAAAGUGUAAAUCGUGGACGAAAGUGAUUGCAUAACUACACUGAAUCUAUUUAUUAUUGGCAUAAGUAACAUGGACAGUUUUGUUUCAUUUUGGACUUGAAUGAACUUGUAUUGCAACCAACGUGUUUAUUACAGUUUUUAAUAACAUUUCCUGUUCCAGUAUGCCGUUGAAGGAAACGGCGUGGCAGUUAAAGUUCAAUCAGUCAAACAUGUCGAGUUCAAUUUGUCUUUACACCUUCAUUAUAACAAGAACUAGGCACAGCUGAUCUUGCAAUUCCAGUAAUACAGAAGUUGAGUAUGCUAUAAUACAACGAUUUUGGAGCCUCACCACGUCGUUACAGUCUGUGUCGCUACAUCCUUCUUGCUCUAUCUGACGACUGUGCAUCUUCAAGAUAGGCUUAUAGCGUUCUUUCCAGUGCAAAAGGCUCCGUCUCAAGACUGUUAUUUCCAAAGCCCACCACCUCUCCCUGCUUUCCCUCUAUAAUCCAUCCCGUGUGCAAGGUAGAAAAUUUCCGAGCAUCAGUUUCAACUGUCUGAUUACACAGAAACCUGUAGGAUCUGCGUCUGGCGACUUGAACAUUAAUAGUGUGAAUAUGCGUUUCAUUUUCCAGCUGUUUGUGGUAUCCGACUGUUGAAAGGAUAUGUUGUGCACACGCGUCUUGUAUUUCUUUUCCAGACGGAGGCCCUUCUUGAUUAUGUUGGUAAUUGUUUCCUCUGACACGUGGGCGUAUUUUAUCACUGGUAUAUGUGUUCGUGGACUGCACGUGUGUUAUGAAACGCAAAAUAUUAUAAAAAAUGUGGUUGUGAUACAUUUUGUUCUAUCGCGACUUUAAUCGACUGUGGUUGUCACGUGACUCGUGGAGUUGCAUAUUCAAAAUCGUUUUGGUAUAACAUACGCAAUCCUCUGUAUAUGUGAAAGCUCUUUAGUGUUUCUCAUAUGCUUGUGAGAACUGAUGUCGUAACCUAAAACUAAUCGUUUGUGUGUGUGUUUAUGAGUCGGAAAUACAAAUGAUACAUAAA